AGCUGAGUGUUCAGGGUACAUUGGUCAUAGAAGGUAUGCUUGCAAUGCGCCCAGUUAGAGAAACAAUGAAAGCGCAGCAAGCGCGGUCACAAACACAAUUACAAGGUGGCCCCAUAUCCCGAGGAAAAACUGGCAUUGAGGGUCUGACGCAGGAGAGCAAAGUAGUGUUGUGUUUUGUCUCAGGUCCUGGCGACACAAGAACAUACACGGGAUUUAAUGCUGAUUAUGAGAACUACUACAAGAUAUACACAUAUCCCGCCUGGAUGUUCACCGUGCAAGGUUCCAACAAUAAUCCCCUAUUCAUUGUCAACAAAGAAAGUGAGCCGUGCGAGAUGGUUCAGGACUGCUUCUCGCUUGCAAGUGGAUCCUUCACUGCUCGUAUGGUGGAUACGAAAGGCACCGCGACGAUGUCUUUUCAACGCCUGCUGAGACUUCAGGGCGGCCUUAAGGGCUGUUUCUGCUGUUGCCUCGGGCAGGAAAUGACGAUUGGAAUUCCGGAUGGAAGACAAAUAGCCUCAAUUUCUGAGAAUUGGACCAUAUUCAAUACCUCCCUCACAAUCUAUGAUGCCAAGGGUAGAAGUGUGUUAAGGGUUAUUGGCCCCGCCCUCCCAUCGUAUUACUGGGGCUUGAUGUCCCCGGCGGUGUUCAAGGUGAAAACAGUGGCAGGCACUGUCGUGGGCCAGAUAACGGUCUCACGGGUUAUCAACGUCUCCUUUCCCGUUAACCUUGAUGUCCACAUCAAAGGGUGUCUUAUCGGGUGCGCAAUUCUGGUUAAAUGUUGUACUACGACGGAAGAAAAAUGGGACGGGCUCAGUUGUUUCCAAGCCGUGGAUUUUAGUGAAGCGUUUAUGUUUGACACCAGAGGCUGUGCCCUUAAUUGCAUGCAAUGGAUGAAACUUUGCAACAGGAGCAACACGGAUCGUCGACCUCUGUACCGGUAGAUUACCGGUAGAUUCCCAUCCAGAGCUGGUCCGGGGUGAAAACAGCCCGUUCACUGCCUGUGAUCACAUAUGGCUCUCAGGUGCAAACAAUAUAGUGAGUGCAACGUGAUCGUCGCUGCGGGAACUCCUUCUGCGUCAAGUGCACAAAUUACACCAUACUGCUACGUAAUGUCUCACAUCGGUAAUGUCACAAAAUACAAGGUGAAUAAACGGAACCCUGACAACUGGUUCUU